AUGGAUAACGAGAUCCCUCUGCCCCCUCCUCGGCGGGUUCGAUACCGAUCUCCAUCCCGUUUCGCACUGCCGGGCUCAGGCUCAGGCUCGGGUUCGGGUUCAAUCGCAUCCUCCUUUCACAAGUCGCGUCGAUUCUCACGCUUCGAUGAUCGAUCCAGCCAGCCAUCAAGUGACCCGGCGCUCUUCUCCAGCGAUGACAUUCCCGCGUCGGGCGUAGAGAAUUACCACGCCCCCGUAGAGGGCGCCGGGCGCAAACGCAGAUACCGAGGAACCUGGUGGGGAGAACAGGUCAUCGAUCCGAAGCGGAAAAGAGCUGAUUUCAAGGAGAAGCGAAAUGUCGACAGUGGAGUGUGGAUGGGGAGUGACGACUCGUUUGCGGAAUCUUGCUUGCCGUCGGAGGAUGCGUCAAAUUGGGGAGAGGACCUGCUCAAGACAGUGCUGGAUCCACGAGCGCCGAGCAAAGCCCCCAAUGUGCCCUAUCUCGCCAGGGCAUUUGAGUCGACUCCGAUUCUAGGGCAGUCUCGGGCGACGACGAUUCAGGGACCGGUCGAGUCGGAGGAGCAUAAGUAUGCGAAAGCCGUGAUUGAUACUUGUCUCGAGCGAGGUGACGACAAUGUCGACCUAGGGGGCAUAAAUUUGCGCACUAUCCCACCAGGCCUGCUACGGCCUCUGCAACAUUUGACCAAGCUACCUUCCUUACAAGAAGCACCAAUAUCCGAGAACGCCUUUUCCUCACUUCAGCCUUUCCUCAGAAUUUAUCUUUCGAAUAACUCCCUAACAAACCUUGACGCCAGCGAGAUCUUCGAAUUGAAAGAUCUCACGGUCCUGAGCUUACGCAAUAACAAGGUCACCCGCAUUCCGGAAGCAAUCCGCAAGUUGAAUGCAUUGCAAGUUCUCAAUAUCUCUGUGAACCGUCUUUCCGAGCUCCCUUGGGAUCUGCUUUGGUUGAUGCAGCAAGGCGAGCUCAAGCAUCUGACUGCGCGGCCGAACUCGUUCCCAACAAUUGAUGAAAGCGACUCGAUUGAGUGGCAUGGACCAUUUGGAAACCCCAACAAUGAAGAUCGAGAUAUGGACGAGGAUGAUGAGGACGUGACGCCAUUCAAAUACAUUCCGACAUUCCACGAUUACGAGGGGAGACAGGCCCAAGACGAGCGAAUUCCUCUUCACGUUGCAUCAGGCCCGGUAGAGUACUUUGACAUGGAAGGGCGACCCAUCAACGCCCGUGAUCCAGUCGAAUCCUCAGCUCCAUCGCUUCGCGAGGUAUCUCUGCGCGCAAUAUCCCGACUCCCAGGUGUUGAACAGCUCACAGACGAGGAACUGAACGAUGAAUUCCCCGCGCUUGUCAUUCCUCUCAUUGCGCUGGCGCGACGAGCUCGGCAAGAAGGAAUUCGCCAUUGCUCAGUCUGUGAGCGGGAGUUUGUAAUUCCUCGAGCCGCGUGGACAGAAUGGUGGGAUUGCACACCCCAUGAGAACGGCAUGAAGAGAGCUCGAGUACUCGGCGAGCAGCUCAGACCUCUUCCUUUCAGAAGGUCUGUCUGUAGCUGGGCCUGUGCGCCUCGUAAGCGCUAA